AUUGCUCCUACUCCCGUGCCAAUCAUUGCACCUCACGAGCUGGUUUCUUGGUUGCUGCGAGCUGGGAAGUUGCUUUUGCACGACGGCGAUGCGAGAACAUUCUGGCAGCACCAUGCAGCUGUCGGCAGUGCUGGUGUUCAUAAGUGCAAGAACUUCAAGGACGGCUUCACGGUGCAUCCAAUCAGUCUUUACGGCGACGAAGCCGAAUAUACGCAGACGAAGCAGAAGAUUCUUGUCAUAUACAUUAGUUUCCCUUUGUACGAUGACCGGAAGCUUUCUGUUUGGGGCACCCGCUUCCCCGUCUUCAGUUUGCGAACAGAGCGAAUGGAUGGUAUGGAUUGCUUGGCUCCUGUGUGGGAGUUUUUGUGUUGGUCCCUGAACUGCUGCUAUAUAGGCAAGACACCAAGCCAUGGUGUCGAUGGCGAGCCGUGGUGCAGUCCAUCAGCAAAUCCGGGCGAUGAUUUGGGCUUUCGCUGCAGGCUGUGGGAAGUACGUGGCGAUUGGAAGUGGCACUUUCAGUGCUUCGGCUUCUCAUCGAGUUGGCUCGCUGAUUCUCUAUGCCAUGUUUGCUCAGCUUCAAAAACCAAUCCUGGGUGUAGCUUCCUGGACUUCACAGUAUCGCCGGCUUGGCUGGGAACAGAACGGAGUCACCAGCAGUUUAUUGCUCAGCAGCUCCCUGAUUCACGGCCCUGCAAUGCACUCUUGUACACCAUCGGAUUCGACUUCAAGUUUAUAAAAUGGUGCUCGAUGCAUUGUGUCCAGUUGGGCAUUGGGCUACACGCGAACGGCGGCAGCAUUCACGAACUCUUGCAACACGGCUACCUCGCAGGGCAGAACGAAUCAGAAAGAUUCAAUGAUGCCUUCUUGAAGUUUAAAGCCUUCUGCAAAGCGAAUGCCAUUGAAACUUCGCAAUCGGCAUUUAAACCGUACAUGCUUAUUACGAAGGGCGAGGAGUUCUGUUUCCUGCAGACCAAGGCUAUGGGCCCUAACCCCGAGAAACCCCUAAGACUCAUAGGCUUCAGUUUAGGGUUUAGGGUUUAG